AUGUCUCAAAAUUGUUCGGUCAAGAAAUGCACGCGUACAUCACGUGGGCUGUGUGAUUGUUGUCAGCAAGAACUCUGCCUACAACAUUUAACUGAACAUAAUGCUUUACUCAUUUCUCAAUUGAAUCCUUUAACUGAUGAAAUCAAUGCACUUGGGGAUCGUCUUAAAAAACUAGAUAUUCAAAAAACAAUUGAUAAUAGUCGUCAAAAACUUGAACAAUGGCGGCAAGAUUGUUAUAAGAAGAUUGAUAAUGUUUUUGAACAAAAAUGUCAAGAAUUUGCUCAACUUAUCAAUAACAGAGUUAGUCAACAACGAGACGAACUCAAUCGAAUAUACUUGAAGAUGAGUGAACUUAUCAAUACACAAGAAACAACUCGUCAAGAGAUCGAUGCAUUGACAUCAACUAUUCGUCAACUCGAAGAAAAUAUGAACAACAUUGAUAAAGCAUGCUCCGUAAUCAAUACUGGUCCAUUAAUAAUAGAUGACACUUCUAUUUUAAUUGAGAAAAUAACUGAACAUGAACUUGAUUUAUCAACUCUUUCGCCUGUCUACAAAACAAUUCAUCGUCCUAAGGGAAGUUUUCGACCAUUUACUGGCAAUGAGCGGUAUUUAUUGAUACAUCAACAACCGAAUAUAUGUUUCUUUGAUCGAGAAAUGAACAUAGCCAAACAAAUAGUAUGGCCUUAUGGUACGAUUCAGGACAUGUGUUGGUCGUCAGCAUUAAAUAGAUUGAUUGUGCUUGGAAAGCAUAAUAUCUUUCUCAUUAACGAAAAUACAAUGUCAAUUGAUAAUUUGCAUAUAAAUGAACAACGCUGCUGGUUAUCAUGUACAUGUUCUGAUACAGUUCUAUUUGCUAGCACAAAUGAAGAUGCUUCAUCUAUUGUGGAGUUCACAUUAGCUCCAGCGAUCAAAUUUAGUAGAGAAUGGAAAUAUCCUCUUACCUGUGCCAAAGAUGAAAUAAUCGAUAGUAUUAUUUACAAUAAUGGAAACCUUGCUCUGAUGAAUUUAUCAAUUGAAUCGAUUUUAUAA